AUGCGUGUGUUUCAAUUGACGAUGGCCCUUGGGUCGAUCGUCGUUUCUGCAGUAGCUCUUACUCCCGAACAACUUAUCGCGGCUCCGAGACGGAGUGACGCUGUUCCUAAUCCAUCUGGAGAAGUUGCAUUCUUUUCCACCUCUGAAUACUCCUUUAAGACUCAUAAAACAUCAUCAUGGUGGAGUCUGUUGGAUUUGGAGACUGGCAAAGUGACUAAACUUACCGAUGACAGCAAUGUCUCCGAAUUGGCUUGGCUGGGGUCUACUGACUCGGGUCUGUUGUAUAUCAACGGCACUAAUUCUGAGAUUCCUGGAGGUACUGAGAUCUGGGUUUCAGAUACCUCUAAUUUCGCCAAUUCUGCCUACAAGGCAGCUUCACUGCCGGCGCCACUUUCUGGCCUCAAGACGGCCAUCACCAAGUCUGGAGACAUUAACUUCUUGGUGUAUGGAGAGUCCUACCCAAAUGGAACGGCAUACAAUGCAGAGCUUGCCACCACUCCCCUGAGCUCGGCACGUAUUUACGAUAGUAUUUACGUCCGCCACUGGGAUACCUGGCUCACAACGAGAUUCAAUGCUAUCUUCUCGGGAACUCUGAAGAAGAAGAGAGCCGGACAUGGAGCGACAUCCCGCUACACUUCUAGUGGAUCUCUCAAGAAUCUUGUCGCAGGAGUCAAGAACCUCGAGUCACCCUACCCGCCAUUCGGCGAUUCAUCUGACUAUGACCUCUCCUCCAACGGAAAAUUGGUUGCAUUCAAGAGCAAGGCGCCUGAAUUGCCACGUGCAAACAACACUGCUUCAUACAUUUACGUUGUUCCCCAUGAUGGAUCCAAGAAGGCUGUGGCUAUCAAUGGCCCAGACAGUCCUGGCACACCGAAAGAUAUCAAGGGUGAUUCGAGCAGUCCUGUCUUUUCCCCAGAUGGCCGUCGCCUUGCAUACCUCCAGAUGAAAGACAUCUCUUACGAGUCAGACCGUCGUGUUGUCUACGUUCACACCAUUGACUCGAAGGAUACUAUUCGUACCUUGGCCAAAAACUGGGACCGGUCACCUGGUGCUAUCAAGUGGACUGCUGACGGGAAAAACCUUGUUCUGAACACCGAGGAUUCGGCACGUUCUCGACUCUUCUUGCUCCCUGCCAAUGCUGGUAAUGAUUUCAAGCCUAAGAACUUCACCGACAGUGGCUCGGUGGCUACUUACUACGGCCUGCCUAACGGAGACUACUUGGUUUCUAGCUCUGCUAUCCACACUAGUCGCACGGUUUACACCGCGAAACCUGGCAAGGGUGUCACAAACGUUAUCUUCUCUGCCAACGAUGUUGACCCCGCCUUGAAGAGCCUUGGCCCAUCGGACGUUGAUGAAUUCUACUAUAAGGGCAACUGGACAGAUAUUCAUUCCUGGAUUGUUUACCCCUCGAACUUUGACAAGUCAAAGUCGUACCCGCUCAUGUUCUUGAUUCACGGUGGUCCUCAGGGCUCCUGGGCUGACUCCUGGAGCAGCCGUUGGAACCCCAAGGUCUUUGCCGAUCAAGGAUAUGUGGUUGUCGCAUCCAACCCGACUGGUAGCACUGGAUUUGGUGAUAAACUCACGGACGAGAUUGCGAACAAUUGGGGAAGCUAUCCUUACGAUGACUUGGUUAAAUGCUUUGAGUAUGUCCGGGAUAACUUUGACUUUGUUGAUACCGAUCGCAGCGUGGCAGCUGGCGCCAGCUACGGUGGCUUCAUGAUCAACUGGAUCCAGGGUAAUCCUCUGGGCCGCGAGUUCAAAGCGCUGGCCAGUCACGAUGGCACAUUUGUAGCCGAUGCAAAGGUCUCAACUGAGGAACUGUGGUUCAUGGAGCAUGAGUUCAACGGCACGUUCUGGGACAACCGAGACAACUAUCGCCGGUGGGACCCAUCGGCUCCAGAGCACAUUAAGCAGUUCUCUACCCCACAGCUCCUCAUUCACAGUGAUUUGGAUUAUCGCCUUCCCAUCUCUGAGGGUUUGGCGCUUUUCAAUGUCUUGCAAGAACUAGGUGUUCCAAGCCGUCUGCUCAACUUCCCCGAUGAAAAUCAUUGGGUCAUCAACAAGGAAAACAGUCUCGUCUGGCACCAACAGGUCUUGGGAUGGCUCAAUAAGUACGCUGGCAUUGACACCCCUGGCUCUGUCAGUUUGGAUGAUACUACAGUUCCUGUUGUGGAUUACAAUCCUCAAUUCUAG